AUGCCCGCGGGAGGCUCAGAGGACCGAGGGCCGCGGUCCGCGGCGGGCCCGAAUCAGACACCUCCGGGGCCACGUGUCCCUGAGCCACAAACGGGAGUGGGCAGGGGGGGCGCCAACAGGGGGCGGGCCUGGAGAGGCCCAGGCCGGGAGGGCGACGAGACCUCCGCGCCCCUCAGCCCAACCCCAAGCCCAGGCAUGCACACCCGACCGGCCGCUCGGGGUCCGGAAACACUCCAGACCCCCGUGCCGGGCCAGGUUUGCUGGCCAGGGUUGCCGGUGUGUGGGGACGGGGUGGUUUCGGCUGGGCUGUGGCCGGCACGCCCCGUGGAAAGGGCCCCGGCUGCGCUCCGCUUAUGCCCGCGGGAGGCUCAGAGGACCGAGGGCCGCGGUCCGCGGCGGGCCCGAAUCAGACACCUCCGGGGCCACGUGUCCCUGAGCCACAAACGGGAGUGGGCAGGGGGGGCGCCGACAGGGGGCGGGCCUGGAGAGGCCGAGGCCGGGAGGGCGACGAGACCUCCGCGCCCCUCAGCCCAACCCCAAGCCCAGGCAUGCACACCCGACCGGCCGCUCGGGGUCCGGAAACACUCCAGACCCCCGUGCCGGGCCAGGUUUGCUGGCCAGGGUUGCCGGUGUGUGGGGACGGGGCGGUUACGGCCGGGCUGUGGCCGGCGCGACCCGUGGAAAGGUGAGGCCGGCUGGCUCGACACGGCACAUCAGGGCGAAAACGAGGCGCAGCGCAGGGUUUUUAAAGGCCCCUGGCGACAGCCGCCUCCAUCUAAGAUCAUACCACCUUGA